GAAAUGGAGAUGAUGACUGAGAAACAGAGAGAUACUAGGUAUUUCUGGAACCAUACUCCUGAAAAAAGCGAUUAUGAGGCUGUAGAAGCCCUUAUUUCUAUGAGUUGCAACUGGAAAUCAGACUUCAAAAAACAUGCGGAAAUGAGACCUAUAACUCCAGCAUCUGAUAUGUCAGAAGAGAGUGAUGAGACUUUGCUUCCUGGAGCAGCCGACUUUAAUGUGAUACCAACAUUUUGCCUGACCCCCCCCUACAGCCCUUCAGACCUGGACAUGUCGCAGGUGGUCCAUCCUGGGGCACCGGCGCCUGCUGCAGCCCUCGGCAAGUCGCUGGCCGAGGUUGCCAAGCCUCCUCUGGCCGCACCUCGGAGAGAGGCGGAGAGGCCUCCAGCAGCCGGUCCUCCGAAGGCUCGAGCAACGAGUGUUAUCCGCCACACAGCUGAUGCCCAGCUUUGUAAUCGCAAAACCUGCCCGGUGAGAACAGCCAGUGUCCUGAAAUACCAAGACAGUGUUUCGAGGGAAACAAACGGUAAACAAAACGCUGAAGCAGAACAUGCGGUGUGUUCCACCGUGGUGCCAAGCAGAGCCAGUGAUGGGUCGGUGGCAAAAGGAAGAACCGCAGCAGCAGCUGUCAGUCCGGCGCCCUUGACAAGGCCCUUGGUCAGUAGACAUCAGCCUGCCCCUGGGUCGGGGGUGGCCCCGCCGUGCCCUGCCCAAGGCAGUGGAGCCCCCCCCGUGCCAGUGAUUUGCCAGAUGGUCCCGCUGCCCACAAACAACAACGUUGUGACGGCCGUAGUGCCCAACGCCACGCCGAGCCAGCAGCCUGCUCUCUGUCAGCCCAUGGUCUUCAUGGGCACCCAAGUUCCCAAAGGUGCUGUUAUGUUCGUUGUCCCCCAGCCAGUUGUGCAGAGCACAAAGGCUCCCAUUAUUAGUCCAAACGGCACGAGACUCUCUCCCAUUGCCCCUGCUCCUGGCUUCGCACCGUCUGCAGCAAAAACCACGCCUCCCAUUGAUUCUUCAAGAAUAAGAAGUCACAUUUGCAGCUACCCAGGGUGUGGGAAAACAUACUUCAAGAGCUCCCAUUUGAAGGCUCACGUCAGAACACACACAGGAGAAAAGCCAUUUAGUUGUAGUUGGAAAGGCUGUGAGAGAAGGUUUGCACGGUCUGAUGAACUGUCGCGCCAUCGCAGAACGCACACCGGGGAGAAGAAGUUUGCCUGCCCGAUGUGUGAGCGGCGGUUCAUGAGGAGUGACCACUUAACGAAGCAUGCGCGUCGCCACUUAUCAGCUAAGAAGUUACCAAACUGGCAAAUGGAAGUGAGCAAGUUAAACGAUAUUUCCGUGCCGCCAACAUCUGCGACCACGCAGUGA